UACCAUUGCAGAGGACUGGUUUAUGUUAGUUGAUGACAAGCUAAGAACUCUGAGGGUUUUAAGAUGGAGGCAAAGAACAUCUUAUUCUAAUAAUGUUUUCUGCUUCUCUUCUUUAGGCACAGUUACUACUCCACCUUCUGACUUCUAGCGAAACCAUGAAUAGUUGUAUUGAAAGCCAAAAUGCAACAUCUUCCACAAGUGGUCCUCUGCCAGGAGCAUCAAUAGGCAUAGCGGUACUCUCGCUUGCCUUCAUCCUGGGGUUCCCUGGAAACGCCUUUGUAGUGUGGACUGCAGUCUGCUGGGUCCGCAAGCGAACAGUCACCUGCCUCCUCAUCCUUCACUUAGCCAUUGCUGACUUGGCAGUGCUCCUCACAGCCCCCAUAUUCCUGCGAUUCCUAAGUGUCAAGAAAUGGGAAAUGGGUGAGGCCAUCUGCCAAAUUUGCUAUUAUAUCUGUGGGGUCAGCAUGUACACCAGUGUUUACCUUAUUGCCCUCAUGAGCCUCGACCGCUGCCUAGCUGUUUCCAAACCCUUCAUCUCACAGAAAAUCCGUACCAGGCGCACCAUCCGGCUUUUGGUUUUCACUAUUUGGGUCUCAAGUCUUUUCUUAGCCGCGCCUUCCCUCGUCUACCGGAAGGUAGUUGCUCAUAAUGGCGUAGCUUACUGCAAGUUGUGCCAUGAAGAAAGAAAGGAUCUGAUCUUCCACAACCUCUUUGAAACCAUCACUGGAUUUCUGCUGCCUUUUGUUAUUGUUGUCUACAGCUAUGGGACAAUUAGCCAACGACUCAAGGAAACCCGUUUCCGUCAGAAACGCCGGACAAGCCGACUCAUUAGCCUCAUCGUGGUAGCUUUUGCUCUCUUCUGGCUUCCUUACCAUAUCAUCAACCUUUUAGAUGUGAUUGCUCUAUGGAGUGGCUCCUCAAAGGUUGGACAAGUGGCGAAGAUGGCUAGGCCCAUUUUGGUGGCUCUUGCCUUCUUCAGUAGCAGUGUCAACCCCAUCCUUUAUGCUUUCAGUGGGGGCUCCUUUAUCCGAUCAUUUGGUUUUGGUUUCAUGGCCAAACUCUUUGAAGGAACAGCCUCAGAGGUGUCCAGCCUAAGACACGGUACCGUCCGGGACCGAGAUGUCAAGACUGAACCCUUAAAUAAUGGGAAACCUGAGUCGUUAACUAUGUCUACUAACCCAACAGACAGUGGAUCAGCUCAAGAAGGUGGAAAAUCUUUGAAGCUGCUCACAUCAGCUUGAAACUAUGGGCAAGUGUGAACAUUCAGAGUUUUAUUGUCAGCCUUCUGAGGUCUUCUAGAGCACUGUAGAAAUGAUCUCUCUUACCUUUCUCUAUAUCCUCUUCAGUGACCUUUUGUAUGAGGUAGGCAGUUCCAUUUCUCACUAGUUUCAUUCUGCAACUUGAUUGGACUUUGGGGCAUAGAAUUCCAGGGACUAAAUAUGAACUUCUUUUACCUAUCCUUGAACAAACUAUUUGGCAUUAUGUUUAGCAAGCAUCCCCAAGGAUUGUUGCAAGUACUGUGAAGUCCUUGCUGAACAUGUGAGAUGAAUCAAUGACUUUGUGUCCGUUAAGUGCCAACAUUUAGAAACCAUGAAACACCAGGCUUGUAUACAAUCUGUAUGCAACCUAAUUCUAUAUAUCUAAAAUCGGAGCAAGGUUCGUCCAGUUUCACUAUUAGUACCCAGAAACCCUGGAUUUCCUCUUUUUCCCCUUUCAAAUCAAUUCACACAAGCCUUUGCAGAAAGCUCCCCUCUCUGUUUUUAUGCAUCAAUUUGCAAUUGUCUUGGGAGAAGAAAAAUGUGCUUACCGCUGAUAUUCCCCCUUGAAACUUUCCUCUUUUCUUUUUCCAUUUAACUACUUCUGUUAGUAUUCUUGAACUGUUUUGUUGCCCUGUAUCUUUUCAUUUUUUUUAUUAUUAAUUUUUAUUGCUUUUUUAGAUAAUAACAGAAAAAGAAAAAAAGAAAAAAUACACAUUUCUUUUUUUUUUCAUAUAUAUCCCUGCUUGUAGGGAUAAAAAGGAGCUUUGAGAUACCAUGAAGAGGUUUGGAAUUUGCUUCUUUUGGGAAGCGAUUAGCCAGAGAAAGAGGGGUCAUAACAGGCUAAAGUCCUGAUAUC